ACCAUGGCCACUGGCCCUCCGGAGACCUCUGAUGUCGCCAGGGGACCCUCUGCCACCAUGGCGACUGGCUCUCUGAAGACCUCUGAUGUAGCCAGUGUAACCCCUCUCACCAUGUCAACUGGCUUUCUGGCGAGCCCUAAGGGGCCCAGUGGCUUCCCCACCCCCUCGGCAAAAACAACCCCCAUUUCUACAGGCACAGGCAGUAGGCAUCCCUCAUUAGUUCCCAAGAAAAAUGGCACCCUGCUGGUGGCUGUGGUUGUGGCCCUGGUGGCGUUCACGAUCCUUGUAACCCUACUCCUGCUGUGGCGCCAGCGGCAGAAGAGGAGGACAGGGGCCCUGAUACUAAGCAGGGGAGGAAAGCGCAACGGGGUAGUAGAUGCCUGGGCUGGGCCAGCCCAGGUGUCUGACGAGGAGGCCCUGACAGCAGCAGCAGGCGGGUCUGGGGGCGGGAAGAGCGCCGGGGUCUCCGAGGGAGAAGCGUCUGGCCGGCAGCCCACACUCACCACUUUCUUCGAUAGACGCAAGUCGCAACCGGGCUCCUUGGAGCUGGAGGAGCUGAAGGCCAGGCCGCCCCCCGUCCUAAACGGGGAGGAGGAGCCGCUGAUGGGCAGCGAGGAUGAGGCUGUGGAGGCCCCUGCUUCCCAGGGGCCAGAGGCCGGAGAUGUGGAGGCCCCUCAGUGCUUGUGAAAAACAGGAGCGCAGGUCAGAAUGGCUCCCGGCCUUCACCACCUUCCCUCCUAUCAUCGCCUCCAGCUUCCUUGUCACGCAGCACCGUCUGGGUCCUCACCCUGUAUGUUCAUCCCGAGCCCUCAUCCGGCUUCUCAACCCCAGGUCUCCCAGGCGGCACCCACACCCCCGGAACCAACAGACUUUCCUCAUCAAUCCCAACUGGUCCUCAUCACCCUCUUCUCCACGUUUUUGUCCUUGAAAUCAGCUGCUGAGUCUCCACAAUGCCAAACUUCCUUGGCCAAUGCCGUCUCAGAGGACUCCCCAGGGACACGGGAGUCUAGGAAGGAAGAUGGGGACAACCCAGCAAACUCUCGCCGAGGAUUACUCUGGAAAGUGCUUUUGGCCCCAUAGAUAAGGACAGACCUACCGGCUCAGCCCACGAACCUGCUUUGACACUGCGCAGUGCUCCGUGCCCGGCCACUGGCCACCAGAGCAGGGACUGGGGGGCGUCACCUAGAUGUGCUCUCGGAUCCUAGGCUGGUGCCUGGCCCACACUCCCCACCCCCUACCUGUGUAUUGAGGCGGCAGCUCCUUCUCCUCCCGGGGGCAGAGGUGAGAAAAGUUUCCUGGCGGGUGUAGUCCUCCAGAAACCCUGGCACCCGCGUGUGUCCUGUCAUGGGCGCAGCUUGCGUGCAAGAGGCCAGGCCUUGGCCACGUUUGUGCAGGUGGCGGUGAGUAGGGCCGGCGUGUGGAGGGGACGGGAGCUGCCAAUCCGAGGAGCCCCUGAGAACAUCUGUGUCCUCAUCUUGGUUCAGGUGGGGUGGAGGCGGCAGAAGAUUUAGCCAUGUC